AUGUCGAGCUGGGUCGCAUUGAACGUGGAGCCUGAUGAGGCUGUCGAAGAGGAGGUUGACGACACCAAGGAGCUUCAAAUCGAGGAAGCUCUGAAGUUGUACCACAGUGCUUUGAAGUUACAUUCACAAGGACCAGAGCACUAUGCGCAAGCUGCAGAUGCCUAUGAAGCCCUUCUCAAUUCGGAAAUCUUCAAAUACCCAGAGUCUAUCUCCGAUUUCCAAAGGAGUGCAUUCGAUGAUGUGCAGGCCCAAGGGAUCUCUGAUGAAGUUGCUACAGAAUCUAUCGCCGAAUACAACGUGAAUGACUCAACCUCCAGUCUAUUCCAGGUGCUCUAUCUGUCCUACAAAAACCACGGCAAAUUCGUCCUUGACUCAGUACAAGACUCCAUCCGAACAACACCACAGACCCCCGAGUCCGAGCAAGAGAAACAAAAGAGAUUGAUGGAGGCAUCCAGGACAGCUCUAAAAUCUUUUGGGGAUGCGUUGGAACGAGAUGACUCGGAUCUCAACCUCUGGAGGCAAAGCGCCAGACUCAGCAGUGCCUUGAACAGCUAUCGUUUGUCUCGGUAUUGCUUGGAGAGUGUGCUAGCGGAUGAUGAUAAUCGCUUGGAACUACGGUCAGAGCAACUCGGUUUAGAGGAAAUAUUUGCGGAGCAGCGUCUACGCAGCACGCUACAGUCUCUCUUUGACAAAUUAUCCACGUCCCAAAUUCCUACCAAGAGACCCAAAAAAGCUCUUUUGAAAUACCUAAAACAGCAUGAAGACCCAUAUCCCAACCUGCGCGCCCUCCCAACUGAUUUGCGCCACCUGGACCUAUCCAAGGGUCCUCUUGCCAUAUGUACCUCCCGUCGAGAGAUAACCCCGGCCGAUCCAACCUGGCAGUCACUCGGCAAGGCGCUUCUUCAGGCACUUGACAAUGAAGAUGAUGCCUCUCUUACUGAUGUUCCCACUCAGGCUAUUGGUAUUAUUCUACCAGCAAGGGGUUCCCAAGCUCCAACCACGCCGACCCCCCAGGAGGAGGAGGACACUAUAACUGGCGUAGAUACAGAGGAAGGGGAAAACAAGGGCAAUGACGAGGGCGAUGAUGCGGAAAUGCUUGAUACAGCGGAGACUGAUGCUCAACCAGAUCAAGAUGCAGUGGAACCAACGAAAGAGCCGUCUGAUUCAGUCGAGCAACACUCAUCCAUCGAUCAAAGUGCCGAAAAGCAAUUGAUGGAGUCACUCGAACGUCAAUCGACCCAGCCACAGGACCAAUCGGCCGAACAAGAUGAUUUACAUGCAGAGGAAGCUGAUCCAAACUCUGCAGUGGACGUUCGAAAGAGAUCGUCUGCGUCGGCUGCGAACGAAGAGCCGGAAGGGGGGCGCAUGAAAAGUAGACGGACCCGAGCUCGGGAGUCAAAUGCUGAUGCUUUGGCACCGCUUGAAGAGAUUGCAUUUGAUCAAGAAAAGUACUACGAAGACCGUCUCGAGGUUUUUGUCAAUGCCGACGAUUGGAUGUUCAGCACCAUUGACUCUUUGUUUUCAAAGGUUGGCAUCGAUGCACUCGGUAGCAUAGAAAGUCUGAGAGGAAAGUGCCCUCCCAACGAUUCUGAUAGCAUAUCCCAAGAUCUUGAAACGCGAUUGGUUCAAGACUUCAGAGGUCUUAUCAAGACAUGGGAUGACGAAAAGUCUCGAUUGAUGCAACAAAAAGAUGAAAUAUCUCCGCUCAAAGACAUUCGUGGCACAAGCAAGUCAGGAUUGGCCGUUUUCCUUGAGCACUCUAGGAAAGGGACCCGGAAGCCAGUUGUCGCAGAAGAACUGCCUUCUGGAGAGCAACUCUAUAACUUUUCUAAUUCCAUCAACUCUGGCUGGCUACAUCCCCAUGAGACUUCGUUUGAAUGGAUCAAAUGUCUUCUCAUGCCAAACUUUGGUGAAGAGUGUCCAAAUUGGUCUACCGCAAAGUCUACUUACUCUUGUUACCUGUGGCCAAAAGACCUCAAGGACACAGUUGUAGGACUCUUGCUUCGGGAAGAUGAGUUCAUCUAUCGGUCAUGCAAUUCAUUGAUUGCAGAUCUUGAAGAACGCAUUCUUGGCUCGACCAAUGAAACGCCCUUUGAAUAUAAAGCAACAGACUUCUUUGAACUUGAGAUGAUACAAACCAUCUACGAGCUUCAUUUGGAUAUAUUUGCUUCCGUUGAGGGUCUUGGCAGUGAGACGGCCCAAGAGACAAGACUUGCACAGCGUGAUCGUUUAGCCCGCUGGGGCAUGCUGGCCCGGUCAUCCAUAGAUCAUUUUGUCGACCACGGUCCAUCCGGUGAAUGCCAAUCCAGCCUCACUCUUCGCCAUUUGUGGGUUUCAGCAUUUCAUAUCAAUCUUGCUGGGGACGCACAGCGAGAACAUGUCCUGCUCUGUCUUCAAGACCUGAAGCAAAUUCUUCAGUCGUUUGGCGAUCCAAGUGUCAAUCUCGUCAACAACAGUAUCAUGUCAGAAUUAUCUGCUGCUGUGAUAGACCAAGAAGUUCUGAAGCUUAAAUGCAUGGACUUCUUCGCUAAAGUAUUCAACUCGGACUCCGAGGAUCCUGUCACUCUGAUUGAAGCCAUUGAGCCAAUCCUUGAACCCUUGUCAAUCGAGUACGCUGAAAUGCCAACGGAGAAUGACAUGAACCACCCUGCAUCGCAUCUCAGUGAAAUGGCUGCCUUCCUCGACCGGGGAGAUGCUACAUUGCGACUAUUUCUGUGGCGCAGACUACAAGAGGCAUACCAAGCCAUUGACUACCCCCCAAGCAUCGAAGUGGUGAUGGCAGAACUCGAGGCACUGAAACACGCCGAAGAAACAAGUCAGCAUCGUCAACUCGCUCUAUUGGCCUCGCUCAAGGCCCUUGACGGCAUAAUGGCCAAAGCUAUACCACUGAUUCUUGAAGAGUCAGACCAAGCAUUUGAGUGCUUGGAUAUGGAGCAUUUGCAAACCUCAAUGUCUGCUAUAGCCCGCCUCACCAGGCUUUUGCACAGCUUUAUCCUUUACGAAGACUCGGUGCGGGUAGGCCAAAUUUCCGGUCGCGAUUUCCGAGGUUCAUUGGCAAAAUCGCUGGAAAACUUGAAAGAUAGAAUGCGAGAGCUUUAUGUCCGCUGCUGGAUUAUGCAAUACUAUCUUUUCAUGGAAGCAAUUGCCCAGAACAAGGAGCUAUUUGAUGACCCACUUGAAGAUCGUAUCCAUUUUCUUCGUUCCGUUCACAAUGCACUAGGCGUUCGAUCAAUGUGCAGAUACUCGCAAAAGAAGUUCCUAAAGCUUCUGAAAGCGGAGCUAUUUGGCCUCGAAACUAAGGGAGAUUAUGAAUUUGAUGUGUGUCAGAUACUUCUCGAUCUCCAUGGCAUCAAAUUCUCUCCAUUUGACGGGACUGUGGAUCAUGGAUGUCCUUCUGAGAAGCUAGAUCGUCCUACGGCCAUUAUGAUGAUUGACUUUGUGCUCCAACAGGCAAACAAGAUGAAUAUGAAGGAUCUUUCCAAGUCAGAAUUGAAGACUACUAUUGAGAAGAUGCAGCAAGCAAUUGGUCCCGCUAAGGCUUCAUCGCAAACACCUCAGCUGACCUUCAAUCGUCGCCUCGUGAAUGCGUAUCUUAAGGCUGCGCUUAACCCAUCCAAUCUUCUCCGUGCCGUUCAGGGCAUCACAGAGCUUUCGACGACAGUAGUUCCCACCGAGAAUGCGAAGAUAGCAGCGAAAGGCUGGUUCUUCCUCCUCGGCCAUGCUGCACUCACCAAAUUCCGAUCUCAAAAGCGCCUUAGUCCCGGUUCAACGGGUGAGCUUGAUGACGCUAUUGGGUUCUUCAGACAAGAUUUGGAUCACGGUACAGGCAGAUGGGAAACUUGGUAUAGGCUAGCCCAGACCUACGAUUCGAAGUUGGACGAAGAUAUCACAUGGACAGCUGAUAAAAUCAAUAACAACCGCUCGGAAUUGGCAGCACUGCAGCGAAAUGCAAUCCAUUGUUAUGCAAUGGCUGUUUCGACGGCAAUCAGAACUGCAGAACCAACAGCAGAGACCAGCGCAGUAAUGUCAGAUCUCUACUCUGACUUUGGUAUUCGCUUAUACUCAUCCUCUCGCGAACCGCUUUCCAUGGGAGCUUUCAGUGUUGCAGACUUCCCUCGCCAUUUCAGCAGUGAGGAGAGCCAGCAAAUGUACAAGGGAACACCCUUCAAGGAGAUGUCGGUGUAUUCAACGUGGAACUUUGCUAGCAACCUUCUCAAACGGGCAGCUGUCGACAAGUCCAAGCGAUGGAUGACCCAUUACACACUCGGCAAGUGUCUCUGGAAGAUGUUCACCAGUGACGACUCCUUAAGGACGAGUUCUAAGAAGGUUGAGAUGCACGAGGUGAUAAAUGCUCUUCUUGAUGCGAUUACUGCCCUUCCCCAACGGAAGGAUUCACGCUCCGAUCCAAUCUUUGAACCCCAUUUCAAACUCUUUUCUAUUGUCCACAAGCUUGUACUCCGAGGGCACAUGACACCUGCUGAAGGUAGUAAGACCCUCCUUGCGACUCCAUGGGCCCGUAAAAUUGAGGCUCCUGAGAACAUGGAAGGAUGGAACCCAUAUAUGCUUGAAGUCCUUCGGAAAUUCAAAAGCGCCGACAAGUCAAAUUGGCAUCAUCGCAUGGGUGUAAAGGCUGCUCAUGUCCUUUAUGACGGCCAAGAAAACGCAACCGCUGCUCUUGCCGCCAAGCAAGAACUUUCCCAGAUUUUCACCAAAACACUUACGAUCCAAGUCUGGCGGCCAGAAUUCGAACGCCCUGGCAGACAUUUUGUUUACACCACCCGCUAUGUAUACUUCUUUGUUGGCCUGCUCGACCAACUCGAUGAUCGCGCAAGUUUAGAUCAACUCUUGCGUCGCGUGAGGAAGAAGCAAGGCGAUUUCCUCAAUCACACCAAGCUGUGGGAAGACAUUUGCCUCACUUAUGCAAAGAUCAUUCGCCGCGCAGCCAAGAUCAACGAAGGCCAUGAAGAAAGUGUAUUCAAGCCAAUCGGUUGGGAGGAGUUCUCUACCAAGACAGCUCGCCUAGAAGGUCUAUCCGAGCUAGUCCCAGACAGCCAGGCAAUUCUAGAACUUCUAAGAGACGCCCUGGAGCUCAAAAAGCUCAACAACAAUCUCAUGAAAAUCACCAUGUUUGAAGACCUGAUCGCCGACCUCUAUGCCCGACUUUACGAGAUCAACAUGCCCCAUCUCGUUGAACAAGCAACCGACGAAACCAAAGAGAAGAUGAAAGUCGACCACAUGCUUAUGGUCGGCGAAGGCCUCACCGAGACCCCAACUCUGGCAUCCGUCCCAGCAGCCGAUACCCCCGCGCCCCGUGGCCGCACUAAGGGCAUUGCCCGUCGCGAUAUCCAGAAACGCGCCGACACAAUCGUGAACACUAAGUUAGCCCCUCGAGCGAUAACGAGCAAAACAACAGCUCCGGGCGAGACAGACCUCCCUGCGACUCCCCACGGCCCUGGGUCAAAUGCUGCAGGGCCGACUUCUGCGCCUCGUGCCCAGGAGGCUUCUACUGCUAUGGAUGGCUCGGGUGAGCAGCGAGAUGAGCAUGAAACUGCCGAUGAUACCGAGUUGAGUGAGGCUGAUGACACGAAGCUGGGUGAUGAGGGCAUGUCAGCACUUUUCCCUCCUGUUACGGAUGCCGAAGAGGGGGCGACUGGUGAUGAGGAAGGGGAUGAAGGUGAUGGGGAAGAUGAUGGUGAAGAUGUGGAGGGUGAUGGUGAACAUGGUGUCACUGAGGGUGAAGGGGACGAAGAUGAAGAGAUGCAGGAUGAGGAAACCAAGGCGGAUGAAGAGGACAAAGACACUCCCACUGCGGAUCAUGGUGCCAAUGAUACUGAGACUGAGCUUGGCACUGGAAAGCAGGAGUCUAGGGAACAAGAUGCCAUGGACAUCACUCCCUCUCAGUCAUAA